ACGCGUGUCCCUCGCCCUGGUUGUAAUUGCGAACAGUACAGGAACUUUAUUAUGCAGAGCGCAGCCCGAUCAGGCCGGAGUGCACUUCACCACAGAUUACACUACAGACUCAAAAUAACUCAGAUUAAACAGCUCUGCGGCAUGUCAGGCUCCAAAAUUCCGGUCACUCUGCUGGGCACCAUGACGUUUGGUGGGCGCGUGGACGCGCACAUGAGCGCGCAGCUGGUGCGUGUGUUUUUAGAGCGCGGCCACAAUGAACUGGACACCGCGCUGAUGUACAAUGACGGACAGGCGGAGAGCAUCAUAGGAGGCAUGCAGCUUCCAGAAACAGUUCGAAUCGCGACCAAAGCAAAUCCCUGGGAAGGAAAAACGCUGAAACCUGACAGUGUGAGGAGUCAGCUGGAGUCUUCUCUGAAGAGGCUGCACAGACAGACUGUUCAAAUCUUUUACCUGCACGCACCGGACCACCAAAACCCCAUCCAGGACACUCUACAGGCCUGCAAUCAGCUGCAUAAAGAGGGCAAAUUCAAGGAGCUGGGUUUAUCAAACUAUGCAUCAUGGGAAGUGGCUGAAAUCUACAGUAUCUGCAAACACAAUAACUGGGUGCUUCCUACUGUAUAUCAAGGCAUGUAUAAUGCAACCACACGUCAGGUGGAGACCGAACUGCUGCCGUGUUUGAGAUAUUUUGGCAUUCGCUUCUUUGCAUACAAUCCACUGGCAGGUGGGCUUCUCACAGGCAAAUAUCACUAUGAAGAUAAAGACGGCGCUCAGCCUGUGGGCCGAUUCUUCGGCAACAAUAGGGCUGGUGCCUACAGGGACAGAUACUGGAAGGAGAGUCAUUUCCAAGGCAUUGAUGGCGUUCACAAAGCUCUAGAAUCAGCGUACGGCUCAGAAAAACCCAGCCUGACUUCGGCUGCCAUUCGCUGGAUGUAUCAUCACUCUCAUCUGAAGGGCGAUCAGGGUGACGGGGUGAUCAUCGGGUUGUCCAGCAUGGAGCAGCUGAAUGAAAACCUGACGGCGGCGGCUGAAGGUCCGCUUAAACAGGAGGUCGUGGAUGCUUUCAAACACGCCUGGGAUUUAGUGGCUCACGAGUGUCCAAACUACUUCCGCUAGUAACAAACCUCAACAAUAGAGCAAACAAUAAUCAUAUGAAGACUGAUUUAUAAGAACUAAUACACAGAGAUCACUUUAUUUUUAUAGUGUCAAAUGAUUAUUUUGCAUGAUAACUUAAUUUGGACCAGCAUUCAGCUUCCUAAUAAACACUAGUAUGACCAAAUUGAA